UAGUGAGAUUCUUUGGUGCCGUUGCAAGCCGCAACAGUGAACAGACAGCUCGAGCUCACACUUAAGGGUUUAUUUGAAUAAAGAACACAAUGUCUCGGAGAUAUGACUCCAGAACGACCAUCUUCUCUCCAGAGGGGCGGUUGUAUCAGGUAGAAUAUGCCAUGGAAGCCAUUGGUCAUGCUGGCACCUGCCUGGGCAUUUUGGCCAAUAACGGUGUGCUGUUGGCGGCAGAAAGGAGGAACAUCCAUAAACUGCUGGAUGAGGUUUUCUUCUCAGAGAAGAUUUACAAACUCAAUGAAGACAUGGCGUGCAGUGUUGCUGGAAUUACAUCAGACGCCAAUGUGCUCACGAACGAACUGAGACUCAUCGCACAGAGGUAUCUCUUACAAUAUCAGGAGCCCAUUCCCUGCGAGCAGCUGGUUACAGCCCUGUGUGACAUCAAACAGGCUUACACACAGUUUGGAGGUAAGAGGCCAUUCGGUGUUUCCUUGCUGUAUAUGGGAUGGGACAAACAUUACGGAUUUCAGCUUUAUCAGAGUGACCCCAGUGGAAACUACGGAGGCUGGAAAGCCACAUGUAUCGGCAACAACAGCGCCGCUGCUGUGUCGAUGCUGAAGCAGGAUUUUAAAGAUGGAGAGAUGACUCUUUCAGCUGCCCUCGCUCUCGCCGUCAAAGUGCUGAACAAGACCAUGGACGUCAGCAAGCUGUCUGCAGAAAAAGUUGAGAUAGCCACACUGACACGAGAAAACGGCAAAACCAGAAUCAAAGUCCUGAAGCAGAAGGAGGUGGAAGAACUGAUCAAGAAACACGAAGCAGAAGAGGCCAAAGCAGAGAAGGACAAGAAAGAGAAGGAACAGAAGGAGAAAGACAAAUAAAAACACCUGCACAUCUUUUCUACUCGAUUGCAAAAGCUCCUCUGGGAUUUAGAGAGAUCAUUUUGUUCUGUCUGUCAACCAAUCUGUCAUUUUCUUUAUUAAACAUAAAACGAAAAGACAGAAGUCUGGACAUUUUCUGUUUU